UCGAGGGUUUGGGUGAGUUUCCUCAAGAGGUGGGUCCACUCCACAGUCUUCUGGAUCAAAGUGAGGACAGAGUAGGAACAGCCACCUCCUUUUGACCGGGGCCCCCAGAGCAGACCCGAGAUGUUGGGGAGGAGCCAUCGGAAAGCCUCGGGUUUCUCCUUGCUGGCAAAGCAGAUGUGGGGGCCUCCGCGACAUCGCCCGACGAGGCCAGAGCGACAGUGUUCUCAGCGUCCCUGCGCACAGAGAAGCAGGAAUUGCGCUUUGCACCCCCUCUGGACGGGCCCGGUCCCCAUUCCCAGGGGCACCCAGCAGUCCCCCAUCAACAUCCGGGCCGGGGACAGCGUCUAUGAUCCCCGGCUGAAGCCGCUCCAGGUUGCCUACGACGCGGCGUCCUGCACGUAUGUCUGGAACACCGGCUACCUCUUCCAGGUGGAAUUUGACUCUGCCACUAAGGGGUCAGGAAUUAGUGGUGGGCCCUUGGAAAACCACUACAGACUGAAGCAGUUCCACUUCCACUGGGGAGCAGUGGACGAGUGGGGCUCGGAGCACACGGUGGACGACCACGUGUACCCGGCAGAGCUGCAUUUAGUUCACUGGAAUUCUGUGAAAUACCGAAACUACCAGGAAGCUGUCACGGGAGAGAACGGCUUGGCUGUGAUAGGCGUGUUUUUAAAGCUAACGUGCUGUGUGUGUCGGUGCCGUGCAGCUGGGGGCCCCGCACCAGGCGCUGCAGCAGGUGGUGGACGUCCUGCCGGAAAUAAAGCACAAGGACGCGCGGGUGGCCCUGGGCCCCUUCGACCCCUCCCGUCUGCUGCCCGCCUGCCCGGACUACUGGACCUACGCGGGCUCCCUCACCACCCCGCCGCUGGCCGAGUCGGUCACCUGGAUCAUCCAGAGGCAGCCCAUCGAGGUGGCUCCGAGCCAGCUGUCAGCACUGCGCACGCUCCUGUGCUCCGCCGCCGGCGAGGAGGAGACAGUGAUGGUGAACAACUACCGUCCGCUUCAGCCCCUGCUCAACCGGCAGGUCCGCGCGUCCUUCCAGGCCACCGAAGAGGGUCCACGGGGAUAGGCAGGACUGGCUUUGGGAAGAGGAAAUGCUGUUUCCCAAGUUUCGCCACGUGAUCCUACGUGACUUUUGAAAUUAAAAAGAAAGAGAUUGUUGUUUUAGUCCGUGUGCUGUUCAGUGGCCAGUGAAAGAAGUCACUUCAGAGAAACAUAAGUACUGCAGGAACAUCACGCUGGGACGCAGGGGUAGGUCACGGGCCCAGGCGGGGCA